AUGCCUACGACGGCCACGACUUUCCUGGAAUCCCCACUGCUCAAAGUGAGUCGUCCUGUUGCAGCGUGCUCGAGAUGUCGUCGAGCCAAAAUCAAGUGUGACGGGAAGCUCCCCGCCUGUUCGGCUUGUGAAAGAGUCGGCAAGGCGAGCACUUGUUCGGGCGCCAGCGAUGAGUUCGCCAAGGGAAAAGAAAGAAGCUAUGUUGCAUCCCUGGAGGGCUAUUGCGAGAAGCUCGAGCAAAAUAUUGCUCAGCUUCGAGAUCGUCAAAAUUCGCUAUCGGCGGAGGGGAAGGGGGUCGCGCGGGAGAUGUCGAUCACCUCGAUCUCAUCGGACGGCCCGUUGGGACCGGCACAUCGUAAGGAAGUCUCGGAUAUCGAUGAUCUUGUGGGGGAUUUUGGUUUCCUGUCGGUCAAUGCCACCUCGCGAGACUUCCAUGGCAUCACCUCCAACACCUCCUUCGCCAAUCUACUGCUCUCCGUUGCGGCGGUGGAAUCCCCGUCGUUGACUUCUCCUGCUCUACCUGCCCGGCAUGAGGCCACUCCAUUAUUGCAGUACUAUUUCGACAACGUCUUCGUACAGCUGCCAUUUUUCAUCGAAACGAGCUUCUGGACCUCGGUAGAUGCGGUCUACCAGUCGGAAGGCCGCUUCGCGAAACCCUUUGACCAUUGGAUGUUGCGCAUGGUUCUCGCUAUUGCUUCGGCGUCUAUUUCGUAUCAGCAUAAUGACAAAAGUCACCAACGCGCAUGGGCUUUCGUCUCGGAGGCCUUAACCCACGCCGAAGAGGUUCUUCGCCCGGGAUGCAUCUCUGGAAUCCAGGCCAUCCUGUUUCUUGCUCAGUAUUCUCUGGUGGACCCCGGCCACUUCCGCGGGUGGUACCUGGUGGGAAUGGCCGUGAGAGUCGCCGUGGAUUUGGGCCUUCAUCAAGACCCUCCGGCAGAGGUUCUGCCCAACGCCGAUCGACUCGACAUUCGCCGGCGAGUGUUCCACUGCAUCUAUUGCCUAGAUAGCUCGUCUUUACAAAGAACAUUUUCAUUCUCCGAGGCUUCCGUGAAUGUCGCGCUGCCCUCGGCCAGCACAUCGAUGGGGCCCUCGGUCGCUGAACAAAGCCAUAUUUUCCUCCGAAGUCCGGGUCCCGCUCUGCACAUCGUGAAGAUCCGACAGAUUCUGUCCGCCGGCUAUCAGGAAAUGUACUACAGCAGCCACGAGCCAUCCCCACAGCCCCUGGUCUGGAUCUGGACACUCUGCUGGCAAGCCCGCGAAUGGUUCCACCAAUGCCCCAAGAACGCCCCGAGCCACUUCUCACUCCUGUACCGGCUGGAAUUGCUGUACACCAUGAUCAUCCUCCUCUCACCUUCUCAUCGAUAUCCGACGCUCUGCGACUAUAACAAGGCCCUGCUCUUCGACCGCUGCAUGGACUUUAUCAGCCAAAUCCACCAGGUGCUGGGGAACCCCAGCUCCCUGCCCUUUCUGAAUUUCCUGGACAUACAGCGCGUCCAGCAGGUGAGCCGGCGGUUUCUCAAGGUACUAUCCGAGAACCAUGACCUACUGCUGAGCUCUGCUGUUCCCGCUCCCCCUGCCGUCCCCGCAGGGACGCCGAACCCGCCGAUUCUGGCCGAUGAGGACCGAAUUAAUUGUCGUCCUCGCGCCACUCGCUGUCUCAUGUAUAUUGCCGACUUGUUCCAGUAUUGUGCCCGGAAGUGGAAUUUGCAUGGACUCCUCCCGGGUUAUAUGUCCAACCAGGGGGUCUUCACACAGGCGUCGUCUGCUGGAUUGCCGCUGGCCGGCAAUGGGUACUCGGGAUACCCUUUGGGACAGUGA